AUCCCUCCGAAACUCAAUCUCCAGUCUUUUACCACCUGGUUUGGUCUAUUGAGGCAGCUUCAUGACAAGCUAGAAGUAAUUCAUCUUGAUGGACCACACCUUCUCCAUCUUGUCUCCAAUGAGCAGCUUCAAACUGAGGGUGGCCUCUCUCUGGGUGAAAUCACAGUUCUUUGUGAUGCUGAGGAGCAUUGG